AGCCAUUUUGGCUCAAGCGUUUGCGGGAGACUUGUGCGCAGCCUGUUUUUCUGAAGAAUGAUUUGGCAGCUUGUGCUGCUCGAUGGACGCUUUGCCCACUCGCACGGCUGGGCCUCAGCUGACUGGGCACAUUCACUGCGGGACGAGUUAUUUGCAGAGCUCUGGCCCGUCAUCUGAGCCAGCUGCGCACGAGCGGGCAGCGUCGAUGCAGUUCGACUUCUCGGCUCUGUUGCUGGACCCUCAGCGCCUCAUCGCGGCGCACCUUGACCUGAUCACGCUCGGGCGUCUCGCCGCUUGCAAUGUGGGCCUCGGCAGUGUGACGGCUGCACCCGCCCUGUGGGCGCGGCAUCUCGACAGCUUGGGCGUGCGGGUGUGCCCCUCCAUGGGCCUCGGCUGCAGCGCCACGCUGCCGUGGCGCAGCGGCCCUCCAACAGGCUCUGCCUCCGGCGGGGCCCGCGCGGGCAGCGGCAGCGCGGAGCCGGGCCGGGCGGCCCUGCUGCCGGGUGCCCGCGUGCGCCUGCACGGCCUCGUCCGCGCGGAGCUGAACGGGGAGGCGGGCAUCGUGAGCGCCCCGCCCGCCAGGACGGGGCGCAUCCCAGUGCGCCUGGACGGGGGGGGGUGCUCUGCCUCGGGAGCGGGCGCGCCCGGGCGGCAGCUCCUGGUGAGGCCGGAGAACCUCGAGGCGCUCGGGCCCGCCUCGGUGGGCGCCGCGGCGCCCGGCGACCCGCGAAGGCUGCUCCAGGGUGCGCUGCAGGCCCUGCGCGCCAACGAGGAGUUCUACGCGGCCUUCCGGGCUGGUGACGCGCGCCGCAUGCGGGCGCUCUGGCUGGACGAAUCCUCGUUGGGCGGCAGCGCAGCCGUCGACCUGCUCGGCGCCGCCUCGCCCCAGGACGGGCGAACUGUCUCGGGGUCGCUCAAGGCGUCCAUGGCCCACGUUGCUCCCAGUUUUUCGCUCGAUCUUGCAGCCCAUGGGCCAUAGAGGCCCAGGGGCCGUGGAGGCCCAGGAGGUGCUCUGGAGGCCGUGAAGGCCUCCGUGAAAAUCCUGAGGACACCUUGGGCCAGGGACGCUCCUGGCAACGCCCGACUGUCUGUAUACACCCAGGCCACGCGCCACUGCUCGGACACGCUGCGAUUUGCCAGAGCUGGGACACGAUCUUGGGCUCGGGGAGGCAUCCGGCGCACAUCUGGCCGGCCGGUUGCCGCUGGACGUUGGACACCGAGGGCCGCGCGCACGUGUCCCUGACCGAGCGCGUCGGGCCAGGCAUGGACGUGCCGGCGACCAACGCCUUCGUCCGUACCCAGGGCGCGUGGCGUAUGGUCGCGCACGUCGCGAGCGUAUAGGCAUUGCGUGUGGACGCGAGACCGCACACCUCUCGAGUCCUGACCUCCUUCACCCGCUCGGCUCCGCAUCCGUUGGGUACAUCCACCCU